CUGACCCCGCGGCCUUAAAGCCAGGCCCGCCCCGCGCCCAGAGGGAUCGUGGUCAGACUGAGCCUCUCCAUCGGCUGACCCUGCGUGGAUGAAGCCAUCUCCCACCGGGGCUGGGACAUUAUCCGCCGCCGCCACGGGGCCUCGACCGGGAAACCCCGAUUCCCCUUCCUUUUGGAGCCGGCCCCGAUCGGAACCACUGCCGCUUUUGGCUCCAGGCUUCCUCACCGGGCCCAGAACCGUCUAUUGGACUCUGGGCCUCCUUCUCCAUCGUAGUUGACUUCACCCUCCCGGGACACCGCGUCUGGGAAUUUUUCCGUAUCUGAGGAAGGGCUCAGAUACGUGCCCUCUCUGACUUUUCCUUCACCCCGGACCCCGGUAACCGGGUCGUCCCGAGCGGGUGGAGGAGGGAGAACUUGCUCGCCGGAGGAAGGCGAGGCGUCUGAGCCGCCUCGAUCGGAAGGCCUGUGUCAGGAGAAUGACUUAGUUGGGAGAGACGGCCCUCGCCGUCACCGCAGGAAAGUCACAGGAAACGCUCAUAAAUGGCCACCUGGGUCUCGGCAGAAGGAGAAGCGGAAUCGGGACACUGGUGGAAUUAUUUUUUCCUUUACGACGGGUCCAAGGUGAAGGAAGAAGGGGAUCCAACCAGAGCCGGAAUUUGUUACUUUUACCCCACCGAGACCGUCCCGGACCAUCAGGAACUGCUGUGCGGACAGAUCGCCGGCGUGGCCCACUGCGUCUCCGAGAUCUCCGGCUCUCCCCCGACUCUCGUCCGCCUCAGGAGGCUCAAGUUCGCUCUGAAGGGGGAUGGAGACUUCCUGUGGGCGCUGGGAUGUGCCAUGGAGCUGCCCGAUGUCAGCUGUCAGCAUCUCCUCCAUCACCUGAUUGGGUUUUUCCGUUUCUAUAAUGGCCCGGUUUCUCUGGCCUACAAGAGCCAGGCUUGGGAAAAGCUGGGCAGGAAGUGGGACGUCUACAUCCGGCACAUCCAGAACGCCACCGGCGACGUGCACAGGAUAUUCCAGGCCCUGGGGAACCUGGACAAGACACAAGUUGAGCCCUUGCUGUUGCUGAAAGCGGCCCUCAUCUUGCAGACGUGCCAGAGGUGUCCCCACGUCCUGGCCGGCUGCAUCCUCUACAGAGGCCUGGUAGUGAGCACCCAGCUGGCCCCGUCCCUGACGGCCAGGAUUCUCACCCACAGAACCUCCCCGGAGGAGCAGAAGGAGGAGGCGCCAGAGGACGCAGGCCCCAGACUACCGCCCGACGUCCAAAUCAUUCCCGUCUUCCUGACCCAAGACGAAGCGGACGCCCUCCGGGACUUCCCGCUGGAGUGGAGGAGGAGGUGGAGCUCUCCUGCACCUCCGGCCCAUCACGGAGAGGAGUCCCUGCCCGCCCUGCCAUCUCCCCAACCCGGAGGGCCCCAAGGGACGGAGGCUGAGGCUCGGAGCCGGGAAUCGCCAGUGGCGGGAGAGGCUCAGCAUCCAGACCCGGAGAGGCCCAAUGGCCCUGGGGCAGCCCCGCGGGAGGCGGGCCUGUCCCCCUGGCCGGACCCGGGCCUGCUCCCGGAGGACUUUGGGGCCUCCGCUGAGGCGGGGCGGGGAAGGGGAGACCCCGUGUCCGGAGCCUCCCCGGACGAGGACGUUGGCUGCUGGCCAGAGACGCCGGAGUCCCAGGAGCGCUGGUCCGAGGGGGUCCCUGACGGCCAUUUCCCAGCGUGCCCUCCCCCGGGGCGGCUCCCCCGGAGCCCCGUCCCCCAGCGGGCUGCGUCGGAUGGGGGUGACCAACCCGGCCCCACCCCCUUCCCUCUGGAAGCCGAGGGCCCCCCACCCCCGCCAGCAGAGGUCAAGCAGCCUCAGAGGCCCGAGGGGGCGGCCGGAGGGGCCGCGCUGGUGAAGAUGAGUCUGUACGUCCACCGCGUCGGUGGGCUGCUGCUCACGCUGCUGGCCGAGCAGCCGCUCCGCACUGACAGCGACGCCACCGAGGAGGUGUACUACAGCAGCCUGGCGUCGCUGAACGGGCUGGAGGUCCACCUGCGCGAGAGCCGGCCCCGAGCCCAGCCCUUCUCCGCCCGAGCCGCCUACAGCUUCGCACACUAUGACCGCAUCCAGAACAUGCUGACCGCCAACCUGCCGCGGGGACCCACGGCCCAAGACCGGCAUUUCCUGCGGGCCGCCGGCCUGGCCCACACCGACUUCGCCCGGCUGCCGACUCUGUACGAAGUGACGCUCAGGAACGCCUCCACGACCGUGUAUGCCUGCCGCAACGCCGCCCACGAGACCUACUUCCAGCAGCCGUCGGCGGCGGGGGCGGCCCGCGGCUGCGGCUUCCCCAACCCGCAGGACGGGCUCUGCGCCCUCGCCGCCAGAGCCAAGCAGAAGAUGAUGAGGCACGGGGUCAACCUGCUCUGAGCCGUGCGACCCACCCGGGGGACCGCCAAGCCCCAGGCGCAGCAGGAAGGAGGUUUGGCCGAGGGUUCUGCGGCCCGGAGAAUCCGUGGCUUUCGACGCCGGCCCCUCCCGCGGUGGCCCGGGCCCCGGCUAGCCGGGCCGUGGGGCCGCGGCUGGAAGGGGAGUGCCAACAGAGGAGCCCUCCUCCCGCCCCCUGGGAGGGCCAGAGCCGUUCGGACCGUGCCGUGGGUGGACGAUCACUCCUUCCACGGCUUCGGAUUUCCGUCGACGGUCCACAGGCCCGGAGGGCGAGCUCCCAGGGGCCGGGCGGCGGCACCUCCCUCCAACCUCCGGCCCGCCCGACUCGCUUCCCCUCGGUGGAGGGACGCACACGUGGGCGAGACGCGGGCGGAUUUCCCGAGGGGGCGGCGAGGGCCGUAGGAGGGCCCCGGGACAGACGUCUACACCCCGGCGCGGGGCGCGUGCGUGCUCUUCCGGUGCCGGGCUUCAAAUAAUCAAAAAUG